UAACUGCAGUAUGUAGGGGGCGUUGGUGCAACUGCUGCAGCCUCGCUAUCGACCUCCCAGCCACAAAGUCAUGUACGACAGCUGAAGCCGUCCUCGAGUCAUCGCUCGUGCAAAGUCGAGUACCCACGCGAACAGCCAAGCUCAGCAUGUUCGAGAUGACCCGGAUGAAUAUGGACGACGAUGAAGAAAUCGCGCAACCGAUCAAUAUGGCCUCCCAGCAAGGUAUCUCCAGUGGAUGCUGCCGCACAUUCCGCGAGCCCGUGGCACCCGUGACACCCGGACAGACCUCUGGGCAUUGGCUGCCGCAUAUCGACAACACUGAGGCAUCUCCCGACGGAGGUGUAGUUCUCGAGACAGCAUACGGCGCAUACAGCCAAUUGCCCACAAACAACAUCUUCACUAACCACGGCCGCCUUCAAAUAGCGACAGCAUCCACGUUCUUAGGUCCAAGUGCAUUUCCAACAUCACCCUCUCGAAUAGCCAACAUUCGGGUCCGACGUGCAAACAAUGGCUCAACACUGUUACAGUCACCAGCCCGCGCUGGACAUGCCGCGCGGAUGAGACAGAUCUUCGAAGAUGCCGGCCGCGAUCAUGAGUGCCCUCAGCCUCCUCAGCCUGACCGAGGCGUCUCGUAUCCCCAGCUACCAAACAUCUCCAGAAAGGCCUCGCCACCAGCGGAGCACAGUAGGAAUGAGCAACGCUUUACUCUCACAGUUUCUCCAGUACAACAUCCAAAAUCUCCGUGCAUGUCGAGUACGUCGUUCCGGAUGGUAUCGCACGCGACGCAGGCUGUCAGCCCCCGCGUAUCCGAGCAGAGCUCCGAGUCGUGGUCGGACGACUCUGGAUACUUCAUCGCAGGUUCUCGAAACCGCACUGCCAGUCUUACUGGUCCGCCUAGGGACCGUGUCAACGACUGGCUCGCAACCGUAUCUCUAUACGAACAAGAAACAUGCGGUAUCGAGAAUGUGCUCGACUACCAGUCUACUAGCCAUUUACCGCGCUCUUCGUCUGAGAAGCAUGUCUUCAACAAGGAUAGCAUGCAAUCAUCCCAUCAAAUCAGCACAAUCACAAUCCCAGACCCAUUUCUCGAAUCCGAUUCUAGCCUCCGCACCUCCCCCCUCUUCAAAGUACUCCCUCCACGGCGCCCUCGCAACCAGCCACACACUCCAACCCAGACACAAACGCAUUCCCCAACGACCGUCAUCAUUCGCCCCCACCAAUCGCAAGCAAAAUGUCCUAUUCUCGAACACGGCGGUAUCCAACUCAGUCCUCUCAGCCCCAACGUCUGUAUCGAGCGCGGUCCGUCCCGUUACCAUUCUACGCGUACAUCCGCGAUCAAAGAACGACGAGCGAUGCGGUAUACUGUGAAUGAGAACGAUAAUGAGAAUGGCAGCGUGGGACUAGAGAACAGAAAGGGCAAGGAGGUGGUGGAUGCAGAGGUACAAGGCAGUCCGCUUGCGCCGUGCAAGAUCGGUGUUGGAACGAGGUUCCAGCAUGCGAGGCAUGGCGUGAGGGGUGUGGGUAGGUCUGGUCGGUGUUUGGAGUCGUGAAGUAGCAUGACGGCGAUGAUCAUUGGGUAUCACUUGCAUAUCUUGACACGGAAUAUCCAUCAACACAGCAGAAGGCUUGGAUAAAUCGAUAGUAUAGA